AUGGGGACACGCAGAGCCAUCCAUGCCCUGGCUCAACAACACUUGGCAUUGACCACACCUUUGCCUGGAGAGUUCAAAACAGUGUACAGGGGGAGAGCAGGUCUGGUGUGGGGGCCUCGUGGAGGAGGAUUUGGAGCAGCUGAGUCAGGAUCCUGCUGCUACCACCGGAGAGGCUCCCUGUGCUCCAGUGCCUCUCAGACAAAGAUCAGGCAGGACGAGGCGAAGCAGCAGCUCUGCUCCCAUCGGCAUCAGCUGGAAAUGGCAUCCCAGCUGGAGCAGAAAGAGGACCCUGGGAAAAGGCAGGCAGGACACAACAUGCACCACCUGCAAGGGAACAAGCAGAACGGCACCGAGAGGUCAGGGACCCUCCUCAAGAAAAGCCAUGGGUUGAGGAAAGUCUGGCAGAGGAGGAAAUGCACCGUCAGCAAUGGAUACCUGACCAUCUCUCACAGCAUGCUCAGCCGCCCCCCAGCCCGGCUGAAUUUACUGACCUGCCAAGUGAAGCCACACAGGGAUGACAAGAAAUGCUUCGAUCUGGUUUCCCACAACCGCACGUUCCACUUCCAGGCCGAGGAUGAGCAGGACUGUGUCAUCUGGGUGUCCAUCCUCAGCAACAGCAAGGAGGGGGCACUGAACGUGGCCUUCAGCAAGGCCCGGGGUGGAGGGCAGAGCAGCCACGAGGAGCUGAGCCGAGCCAUCAUCGAGGAGCUCAGGGCUGUGCCUGGGAACGGGGAGUGCUGUGACUGCUCUGCCCCAGAUCCCUCUUGGCUCUCCGUUAACUUGGGCAUCCUGAUCUGCAGGGAGUGCUCAGGGGUUCACAGGGAGAUGGGUGUGCACCUCUCCCAUGUCCAGUCGCUGUCUCUGGACAAGCUGGCAACCUCUGAAUUGCUGCUGGCGAGGAACAUCGGCAACUCCGGCUUCAACAGUGUUAUGGAAGCAAAUCUGCACAACCUGUCCUGGAAGCCCACUGUUCACAGUGACAUGGCCUCUCGGAAGAAUUUCAUCAUUUCCAAAUAUGUUGAGAAGAAAUAUGCCAAGAGGAGCCCUCCUGUUCAAUUCUCCACCCUCCCAGGAGCUGUGAAGAACAAGGACAUGCUUUCUUUGCUCCAAGCAUAUGCACAGAACGUGGACCUGAGCGAGCCUGUGCUGGCCCCUCUGCAGGAACCUGGGGAGACGAUUCUCCACCUGGCAGUGCUUUUGUCUGAUCAAACCUCUCUGCAUAUUGUUGAUUUUCUUGUCCAGAACAGCAGGAGCCUGGUGGGGCAGACGGUGGAGGGGAACACGGCGCUGCACUACUGCUGCUCCCACAACAGGCCUGAGUGCGCCACGCUGCUGCUGAGGGCUGGAGCCAACAUCACCAUCACUAACAGAGCAGGAGAGACGGCCCUGGAUGUUGCCAGGAGGAUGAGACACCCCCUGUGUGAAAAGCUGCUGCUGCAGGCCCAGAGCAGUCAAUUCAACCCCCACGUCCACGUGGAACACGAGUGGUGGCUGGGACAGGAUGACAUGUUUGAGAGUGACCAAGAGCUGGAUGAGAAGAUGGGUCCUGAGAAGAGGGGAUCUGCCCAUCCCCAGAGCUGCUGCCACCCCCCUGCCGCUGUCCCCAGGCCAGAGGCAGCAGAGGCAGCGCCCCAGGAUGGGUGGCCGGACCCCUGUCCCUCUCCAGCCGCCCACCUACACGGACUGGAGGUGCCACAGCCCCCCUCCCACCCACCUCCAUCCCCACCCCAGCAGGCAAAGCCAGGUGCCCUGAAAGCCUUGGACCCCCUCUGCACAUCUGGCCCCAGCAAAGUAGAACAGCCUGGCCCACACCGAGCCCUCCAGGAGCCAGAUCCAUGUUCUGGCCAUGCUUGGAGUGUCCCAUUUCCUCAGAGGAGCAGUUUGAACCGACGGCCGCUCUGCAGGGUUCGUGCUCUCUAUGACUGCGAUGCUGACCGGGAGGAUGAGCUGACCUUCCACACAGGAGAGGUCAUUGUGGUGUCUGGAAAGGAGGACAGCAACUGGUGGAAAGGGUGGAUUGAAGGACAGCCCCAGAGGCAAGGUGCCUUCCCAGCGUCAUUUGUUCACGUGCUCAGCGAGUAGGAGCAAUUCAAGAAGGAAGAUCUGAUCCGCUGCUUAAAAUGCAAUUCUCCAAGCUACCAUCUGCGCUCACUUCUGCUGCCCCAGCACUCAUCCCUCAGCCCACCACUCCUCUGGGCUGUCUCCAAGAAUCUCUCAGCCAGCCAAAGGCGAGAACACAGCAGCCCACGGGCUCCACAGGAGUGCUCCUGCCUCAGCCCCAUGCACAGACCAGCCCUGGUGUGCUCUGC